UAGAAGAGGGACGGAAUUCAACGACUUUGCGGUUGUCCAAAGCCUUAACCCCACCCCAAGUCUUCAACUUUUCUCGUCCGUGACCAAAGAACUCAAUUUCAAUAUGUUUGCUUUUACUCCUUUGUUCUAGGUUUAAUUCUUAAUUCCUAUCCAAAUAAAUUAACUUAUAUUCGUGGGAAAUAGUAGAAUUUACCAUAUAAGAAUAUAUAGCGAGAGAAAUGAAGCCCAUAAGGCUGCCGGAGCCGCCGGCAAGUCCACGGGCGAUAGGCGGAGGCGUUGGCGGCAUCACGGAUAUAUUCGACGCCGGAGUCAGCGUCAUCAGGCGGGCCGUUGUGAUUGGUAACGGCUUCCCGGCUUCGGAGAAUCAAAGCCUCGGCUUAGUUCAUGCCCUCGGCCUCUCCAGCCACCAUACUCUCUAUCGGGUCACAAGGCCAAGAGGGGGGAUCAAUGAGUGGCUACAUUGGCUUCCAGUCUCUGUCCAUAAAAAGUUGUAUAUCAUCAUCACUCAGAUUUAUGGUUAUUCUCGGAUAUUAUUUGCUGGCAGAGGGAAAAAGCUAAUGCCUCUGCCUUCAGAAAAUGGUUUCAGUGCUGGUUUGUCAUCUGUUCUAGAAGCUGAUGUCAAGAAUAUAGUUACUAUGGCUCGUCAAACUUUUGAGAAGGAAGGUCCAUUACUAGUGGUGGCAUGUGGUAGAGAUACUAUUUCAAUUGCAAGCUCGAUAAGACGAUUGGCAUCUGAUAAUGUAUUUGUUGUCCAGAUUCAGCAUCCAAGGUCCCGUUUGGAAAGAUUUGACCUGGUGAUCACCCCUCAGCACGACUACUACCCCCUGACUCCUCGGGCCCAGGAGCAGGUUCCCCGGUUUCUACGGAGGUGGAUAACUCCACGUGAACCUCCGGAUAGGCAUGUUGUCCUAACAACAGGAGCUCUUCAUCAAGUUGAUUCUGCUGCUCUUCGUAGUGCAGCUAGUGCUUGGCAUGAUGAGUUUGCGCCUUUAGCAAAGCCAUUACUUGUAGUUAACAUUGGAGGGCCUACAAGGUAUUGUCGUUACGGUGGGGACCUUGCAAAGCAGCUGACUGCCUCUUUACACAAUGUUCUUGCAAGCUGUGGGAGUGUAAGAAUUUCUUUCUCAAGAAGGACACCUGAAAAGAUUUCCAAUAUUGUGGCAAAAGAAUUUGGAACUCAUCCAAAAAUAAACAUAUGGAAUGGUGAAGAGCCAAAUCCACACAUGGGGCAUCUAGCUUGGGCUGAUGCAUUCGUCAUCACAGCAGACUCAGUUAGUAUGCUAAGUGAAGCUUGCAGCACUGGAAAGCCAGUAUAUGUAAUUGGUGCUGAGCGCUGUACCUGGAAGUUUGUGGAGUUCCACAAAACUCUGAGGGAAAGAGGCCUGGUUCGCCCCUUUACAGGUCUUGAAGAUAUGUCAGAAAGCUGGAGUUAUCCUCCUCUGAAUGACACUGCUGAUGCAGCCAGCCGGGUACACCAAGCACUCACUGAGCGUGGAUGGGCAUUGCGACCAUAGAAAUGUUAGUUCUUCUGUUGUUACGAUCUGUUUCAAUUAUAUGUAACUUCUGCCAAUACAAAGCUGAUGUUUUUUGUAACUCCAGUUCGUUCCAAAUUAUAGCCAGGUAGAGAAUAUCUUUGUAAGUACUGUUGGCCUAUUCUUUUCCCUUCGGGGGUUUUGGUAUAUAUAGAAUAAGUUUGAUUACUACACGGCUUGUAGAAUGGAAUGUUAUGCUAGUUCUUCUCUUGCCCUAUUGUCAUAACAGAAGCUACUAUUCUCUCUUUAAAGGGCAUGAGUUUUCAG